AUGGAAGGACAUCAUGAACAACUAGGGUUUCCGUGCAAAUCAUGCCGUCGACCGGAUUCGUCAAGUGCUCAUAUGAUCGUCUGCGAUCAAUGCCGUUUGUGGGAGCACUUCGACUGUGCCGGCGUGGACAGAUCCAUGCAGAGUCGUCCGUUCGUUUGCCAGCAGUGCAGAAGCCAGGAACCAGCCGGUUCCUCUGUUUCCUCCCGGCUGCGGUCUAAAACGACACGUAUUCCAACCGGUAAGGCGUCGGAAGGUAAUCUCAGCUCGAAAAUGGGUAGUAAAAAGUCGUCAAUUGCCUCGAGUAGUCGGUCGUCAAUUGUCAAAGCGCGGUUGGAGUUGAUCGAAGAGGAAGCCCGAGUGAAGCAAAUGGAACUCGCAGAGGAAGAGGAACUAAAGAAUUUGGAGCACGAAGAAGCGCAGCGUCAGCUGGAAGAAAGGAAAAAACAGCUUGUGGAGCAGAGAAAACUGGCGGAAGAAGAAUCGAGUUUGCGACAGCGAAAACUGGAAUCGGAAAAGUCACGUCUUCUUAAGCAACAGUCGAUCCGCAGAGAGUCGCUCGAGAAGAAAAAUGAGCUCGUGUUACAGAUCUCCGAACGUGGCAGCGUGGUAGAAUCCAUGUCGGACUCCCGAGAAAAGGUCUCAGAGUGGUUGGCGACAAACUCAUCGCACGGGAUGACAGGUGGGGAAAACUUGGGUAAACUCAGCGAUACUCGAACUAAACUGGUUCACCUGGCCCCAAUGAACGUUCCGACACUUACCAUCGAAGAACCAAUCGGCAGCACAGGCGUUUUGAAGCUACCAACACUGGAACCACAGGAGCAAUCUGCGAGAAGUUCCCAUUGUUUCGUCCCUCCUCUUGGAUCGGCUGGCGUUCCUAAACCAAAUAUUUCUCUAUCGAGUCGUGCCGCCUGUUUCCGGGAAGCUCGUUCAUCUACUAUUCGAGAACCUUUUCAGCAAUAUGUAUCUUCCUCGAGACCUUUCAGGUCGCUUCCCGCGAUUACCUAUUCUUGCACACCCCCAGAGGACGUUUCCCAUGAAUUACAUCAUCCACGGCCUGCUGUGACCGGAGGACCAUCUUGGAUCACCCCUAAUCGGUACAACGCCUUGCCGAAUCUGCAACCAAUACCACAUCAUUCGCUGGACCCGCAAUACGCUUCCCGGGAAUCCCUACUGGAACCUGUUUAUCGAUCAAAUGGUCCAAGCAGAGAUUCUACAAUGAUUCGUCCACAUCCAUCGCCAGCAGAAAGUCGUGUAACGCAGCAUGACCUCCCAGGUGUUCUCAGUCCGCAGCAAAUAGCGGCAAGGCAAGUUGUCGGGAAAGAUCUACCAUCGUUUAGUGGAAACCCGGCCGACUGGCCACUCUUUAUAAGCAGUUUUGAGCAGUCUACGGUAUCUUGCGGAUACUCUACUGCUGAAAAUCUGGUUCGUCUUCAGCGGUGCCUCACCGGACAUGCCAGAGACGCGGUGCGUAGUAGACUUCUUCUCCCGGGAAAUGUACCACAUGUUAUCAGUACACUUCGCACGCUUUACGGUCGCCCCGAGCUUUUAAUUCGGUCGUUACAUGAGAAAAUUCGUCGAACUCCGGGACCUAGGCACGACCGCCCGGAGUCAAUAUUGGAGUUUGGUUUGGCGGUACAGAAUUUCGUCGACCAUCUUCAGGCAGCGGAUCAGGAGGAGCAUUUGGCCAACCCGAUGCUCAUGCAAGAGCUAGUCGAAAAGCUUCCGGGACCCAUGCGGAUGGAUUGGGCCACUUUCAAAGGUCAACAUCGGCGUGCAACUGUUUCAACGUUCGGCGACUUUAUGGCCAGGCUGGUAACUGCGGCUAGUGAAGUGAGCUUCGACCUUCCGGGCCUAUCAAAGGGCUUGAGCACCGAAAAUCAACAGAGACCGAAAGAAAAGGUGAGGAUACAGACUCAUGUGAGCGAUGCAGCCGUAACUCCUAGGUCUGCGGUAGUAAACAAUCGUAAGCCGCCAAAACCGUGUGCAGCCUGCGAACACGAGGGCCAUAGAGUGGCCGAUUGUUCCAUGUUCAAGCAACUCACUCUGGGCGAGCGGUUGCAAAAGGUGCAGGAUAUGGGCUUGUGUCGAACUUGCCUAAACAAUCAUGGAAAAUGGCCAUGUAAGUCAUGGCAAGGAUGCGGAAUCGAGGGGUGUAGACUCAGACAUCAUACCCUUCUCCAUAGCACUUCUGCUCCCACUACAUCGACGCAUUCGGUGAAUGUAUCAGCGAACGAACGUGCAUCGAAUGACGGCUAUACUCUAUUCCGAGUUCUUCCCGUCGUACUCUACGGGAAUGGCAAAAGUCUAACGGUUUUCGCCUUCAUCGAUGAGGGCUCACAGAUUACGAUGCUGGAAGAAAGAAUUGCCAGAGAGCUCGGCGUAUCUGGCCCCCGAAAACCGCUCACUCUUCAAUGGACGGGGAACGUAAACCGCAACGAACUGAAUUCGGAGGAGAUCAGCAUAGAAAUAGCUGGGAAAAACAGUAAGAAUCACUUCGAGCUGCGAAAUGCGCGAACAGUAAGCUGUCUGCUGCUACCAGCCCAGCGGCUAAAUUACAAGGAAAUGGCCGCAUGUUUCCCACACCUCAAAGGGCUUCCUGUUGAGGACUACGAUCAAGUACGACCGAAAUUGCUGAUCGGACUUGACAAUCUACGGCUCGGAGUACCGCUAAGGAUUCGCGAAGGCGGACCGUUCGAUCCCAUAGCCGCAAAAUGCCGCUUAGGAUGGAGCGUAUACGGUCGUGCCUCUGCAACACCUAUUCCGAGAGCGAUCGUCAACUUCCACGCGGCUGCGGCAGCGUCUUCUGACUGCCUCCUAAACGAGCAACUGCGAGAUUACUUCACAUUAGAAGAUCUAGGAGCGACGUCUCCGAACGAAAAGUUGGAGUCAGAAGAAGAACAGAGAGCAAGGCAGCUUCUCGAGGGAACUACACGUCGUACGACGAUUGGAUUUGAGACCGGUCUUCUGUGGAAGGUCGACGAUCCGGUAUUCCCGAAUACGUAUCCCAUGGCCGUUCGGAGAAUGAAGGCAUUAGAGAAAAAGUUCCGACAAGAUCCAGCGAUGAUACAGCGAAUAAGUGAACAGCUGCUCGACUUCGAAAGAAAAGGCUACAUACGUAAAGUCGACAAAACAGAGGCAGCUACAAUCGAUCCUCAAAAAACUUGGUUCCUACCUUUGGGAAUCGUUAUCAACCCGAAAAAACCUGGUAAAAUUCGGGUGAUUUGGGACGCGGCUGCCAAGGUGGACGGAGUUUCGUUCAAUUCUUAUUUACUAAAAGGUCCUGAUCUACUUAUUCCUCUGCCGAAAGUUCUUAGUGGAUUCCGGCUGUUUCCGGUGGCCGUUUCCGGAGAUAUACGCGAGAUGUUCCUUCAAAUCAAAUUGCAAGCGAAGGAUAGGAACGCCCAGAUGUUUUUAUUCCGCCAUAAUCCUGAAGAGCCUGUACAAAUCUACGCAGUUGAGGUCACCAUGUUCGGCUCUACUUGCUCACCGUCGUCAGCUCAGUUUGUUAAGAACACGAAUGCCGAGCAAUACGCGUUACACUACCCGAGGGCAGCUGCCGCCAUUAAGGAACAUCAUUAUGUAGACGACUACUUGGAUAGUUUCAGAACUGUCGAAGAGGCGAUCCAGGUGGUGAGUGACGUAAAACUCGUUCACGCUAAAGGUGGUUUCGAGAUUCGGAACUUUCUUUCGAACAAAGACGAAGUUCUGAGACAAACUGGGGAGAUCGAACCAGUUUCGUCAAAGGACUUUGCUCUUACGCGUGCAGAAGCCGUCGAAUCAGUCUUGGGCAUAAAAUGGAUUCCGGUGGACGAUGUCUUCACGUACACGUUCGCGAUGCGUGAUGACAUGCAAUCUAUCCUCCACGACAAUUACAUCCCUACGAAACGAGAGGUCCUGAAAGUCGUCAUGAGUCUCUUCGACCCUUUGGGAUUUGUCUCAUUUUUCCUCGUACACGGAAAGGUGCUGAUGCAGGAUAUUUGGGCUUCAGGGAUCGACUGGGACGAAAAAAUCGGCGAAAAACUCCAAACCCGCUGGCGACAAUGGAUCAGUUGUUUCCCACAAUUGGAUAUCCUGCGUAUUCCUCGCUGCUAUUUUAGCUCUCCCUUUCCGAAAAGCUUCGAUCAGCUGGAGCUUCACGUGCUCGUUGAUGCCAGCGACUCUGCAUACGCCUGUGUAGCUUAUUACCGGCUGGAGACCGAGUACGGCAUUCAGGUAUCGCUCAUCUGUUCCAAGACUAAGGUGGCCCCGCUCAAAGUGCUAUCGAUUCCCCGACUGGAGCUGAAAGCAGCAGUUCUAGGCGUUAGGAUGUUGGAAUCUGUUCAAGGGUACCACACUUACAACAUCAACCGACGAUUCCUGUGGAGUGAUUCAAGCACUGUGCUAGCCUGGAUCCGAUCGGAACACCGCCGUUAUAAUAAAUUUGUAGCAGUUCGUAUCGGUGAGAUUCUCACCGUAACCGACGUAAAGGAGUGGAAGUGGGUCCCUUCCGGGAUGAAUACAGCAGACCUAGCAACCAAGUGGAAAACUGGGCCCAGUUUCUCCAAUACUAGCCCAUGGUUCAGCGGCCCAUCGUUUCUUCAACAGCCGGAAGAAUUCUGGCCACAGCAAACACACCACACGACCACUUGCGAAGAACUUCGACCAAGCCUCUCCCAUGCUGCCAUAUCACCGUUGAUUGACGUCAGCCGCUUUAGUCAAUGGUCCCGACUGCAGCGAUCAAUGUGCUUUGUAUUUCGGUUCAUCGAUAACCUACGCCGUAAGCGACGUGGCUCUGAGCUGCGAUUGGGUGCCUUGCACCGAGAUGAGCUGCAGCAAGCUGAGGAGGCACUGUGGAAGAUUGCGCAAGUUGAAGCAUUCUCGGAGGAAGUCACCAUUCUAGCGGAAACGCAAGGUUCUCCAAAUGCGCGUCAUCGACGGGUCGCACGAUCUAGCCCAAUUUACAAGAAAUGGCCCUUCCUCGACCAGCACGGCGUACUUCGGCUUCGCGGUCGAAUCGGUGCUGCGACUUUCGCCACGACUGAAGCUAAAUACCCCGCUAUUCUUCCAAGACAACACCCUAUAACUUUCUUAAUUACUGACUGGUACCACCGACGUUUCCACCAUGCCAAUCGAGAAACCAUCACCAACGAGAUGCGGCAACGCUUCGAAAUUGCCAAGCUACGCUCCUUGGUGGCAAAGGUGACGAGAGACUGCAUGAUGUGUCGAAUAAAACAGGCCAGGCCUUGUUCCCCUCCUAUGGCACCUCUUCCUACAGCCAGAUUGCAAGCGUUCGUGAGACCCUUCACUUUUGUCGGAGUGGAUUACUUCGGACCGAUAUUGGUCAGAGUGGGAAGGAGCAACGUCAAACGAUGGGUAGCCCUUUUUACUUGUCUAACCGUUCGUGCGGUUCACUUGGAGGUGGUCUACAGUCUUUCCACCGAGUCAUGCAUCAUGGCAGUGCGACGUUUCAUAGCGCGCCGGGGAUCACCGGCAGAAUUCCACUCAGACAACGCGACCUGUUUUCAGGGUGCGAGUAAGGAGUUGCAGAAGGAACUAGAAAAGCGGAACAACGCGCUAGCUACUACUUUUACCACGGCCAAAACACGGUGGUCUUUCAUUCCCCCUUCUGCCCCACAUAUGGGGGGUGCGUGGGAGCGUCUCGUUCGUUCCGUCAAGGUAGCGAUAGGAACCAUAGCGGACUCAGCCCGUAAACCGGAUGAUGAAGUGCUUGAGACAAUCUUACUUGAAGCAGAGGCACUGAUAAACGCUCGACCACUUACGUACAUUCCACUUGAAUCGGCAGACGAGGAAGCCCUCACUCCCAACCAUUUCCUCUUAGGGACUUCCAAUGGAGAUAAGCUGCCUCCAACGGCGCCAGUCGAUUCCCCGGUGGUGCUACGAAGCUGCUGGAGACUCGCGCAAGCGAUCACUCAACGUUUUUGGGAGAGAUGGGUGAAGGAAUAUCUUCCGGUGAUCACUCGUAGGUCGAAGUGGUUUGAAGAGGUUCGGGACAUAGCAGUUGGAGAUUUAGUGUUGGUAGUGGGCGGAACGACAACAGAUCGGUGGACUCGAGGACGUGUAGAAAAGGUUAUUCCUGGACGGGACGGAAGGAUCCGUCAGGCCUUUGUUCGAACAGCAUCUGGUGUAUUACGACGUCCAGCAGUGAAGCUGGCAGUCCUCGACGUGCUAAAGGAAAGUGAACCUAACGCGGAAGUCUUUAAGGAGCCGGAAGUGACUAGGAUUCACGGGAGGGGGGAUGUCACGUCGCCCCCUUGCUACAGCUCAACUGUGGCCGAGUGA